AUGGAAGGCGGAGAAAUGAGUCCGGGAAGGCCCCGCGCAGAGUCCGCUGCGCGAAACGGGGGACUAUCCUCUCCUACCCGUAGCUCCCGUCACGAUUCUGUCUCCGGAACCACCCUUGCAGCCCGAACACCACGCCGAUCUACCUUGACCAGGCCCUCUGAGACGUCGCAGAUGCAGUCAGCCCAAGAGACAUACGUGCAGCCAGGGUAUACCGAUCUAAAUCCGUCAUAUGCGCAGCCGGCCAACAAAAAGAGACCAAUCUGGUCCCUGGCGAAGCCUUUCCCCCGUGUGGUGCGACCGUCAAUGGUGCCGACCGAGGAAGAGCUCCGUCGGCGACAAGCCAAAGCCCAGGCGAAAGCCCAGGCUAAGGCCCAGCAUCAAGCGCAUCGAGCGCAACGAACACAGCGACAUGCUAACGCGAAGCAUCAAACAGAGAACUCUCAGGGACUUGGGCAGGAUGUCGACAAUGAGGCGCAGGAAGAAUCGAGAAAACCAGGGAAAUUACGGCGCAUGUUUAAGAAGCUCAAUUGCGCGAGCUAG